AAAUCACCCUGAAGCUCCGGGCAGAAAUCAAAAAUGACCUCGGCAGAGUCCAAGUCUGAGCUCUUCACUGUAGCCACGGGCGAUGGGGGAGACAACCACCAGAACCAGCCGAAGAAGCUGCCCUUCUUCGAGCACUACAUCCAGCCGUGUCUGGCAGAGGUCGUCGGCUCUUUCCUCUUCAUGUUUGUGGGCUGCGUGUCCGUCAUGGGCAACGUGGGCAUCAGCGGGAGCAUCCAGCCCGCCCUGGCACACGGACUAGCACUGGCCAUAGCAAUAGCAAUUUUUGGGGAAAUCAGUGGUGGUCACUUCAAUCCAGCCGUGUCUGUGUGUGUUUACCUCAUUGGAGGAAUGGAGGUGAUCCUCCUGGUGCCAUACAUCAUCUCACAGAUGUUAGGUGGAGUGAUUGCUGCCAGCCUUGCCAAAGCUGUGACUACAAAUGAUGCAUUCAGCAAUGCAACAGGAGCAGCGUUUAAUGCCAUUCCGUCGUCUGACGGCAUUGGAGCUGCCACUAUGGCUGAGAUGAUCAUGACGCUUUUCUUGACUAUUGUCGUCAGCAUGGGCGCUGUGAACGGAAGAACCAAAAGUCAACUUGCUCCUUUCUGCAUUGGACUCACUGUGACGGCAAAUAUCUUGGCUGGGGGAGGAAUAUCAGGAGCAUGUAUGAAUCCUGCACGAGCCUUUGGGCCAGCAGUAGUGUCCGGCCACUGGACGCACCACUGGAUUUAUUGGGUUGGACCUCUUACCGGCGCUCUGGUCACUGUCAGCAUUGUGAGAUUGGUAAUGGGUGACAAGAAGGUCCGUGUUAUUUUCAAAUGAUGGAAGAAGGAACUGAAGAGGAUUGCAAGCUUUUUUACCUUGUAAAGCGUUGUAUAAUAUUGACAAACUUUUAUAUGAAUGCAGUAUUCUACUCUUUUCUGUAUCCUGAUGCUUAAAUGUCUCUUCGCCAAAUAUAGUUGUUGUUUUAGUUUUUAUACCCUGUCAUUAUAUAUUCAGUUUUUUACAUUAAUAAAGGAAGUCUUUUGUUAUAAA